UUUAAAUGUUAGUCCGCAGCAAAUACUUCCGGGUUUAGUCAUUAGGAAAAAGUUUUAGUGUUUUAUGUCCCAGAGACAAAACAUUAAGAUGGCUGCAACGGAUGUGCAAAGGGUCCCUUCAAAUGCGGGAGAUCUAGUAAGAUCGGUGCUACAGGCCCCAGCCCCGGCAGUGAGAACUAGCAGCCAGACUGGCCCCCGUAACCUCAACCUGACGGGCCAUGUGGGAUUUGACAGUCUGCCUGACCAGCUGGUGAACAAGUCUGUCGCCCAGGGCUUCUGCUUCAAUAUUCUCUGCCUUGGUGAGACGGGACUCGGUAAGUCAACCCUGAUGGACACAUUGUUCAACACACACUUUGACUCGACCCCGUCCACACACGACCUUCCCGGAGUGAAACUGAAGGCCAACACUUACGAACUCCAGGAGAGCAAUGUGCGACUAAAGCUCCGUAUUGUGGACAGUGUGGGAUUCGGGGACCAAAUCAACAAGGAAGAGAGCUGGAAGUCGAUUGUUGACUACAUAGAUAAUCAAUUUGAGGUGUUUCUCUCUGAGGAGCUGAAGAUCAAGCGCUCUCUGUUUAACUACCAUGACUCCCGUAUACACGCUUGUCUCUACUUUGUGGCACCCACUGGACACUCAUUGAAGGCCCUGGACCUGGUGACCAUGAAGAAACUGGACAAUAAGAUCAACAUCAUCCCCAUCAUAGCCAAGUCCGACACCAUCACCAAAGCAGAGUUACAAAAGUUCAAGGCCAAGAUUAUGGCUGAGCUGAAAUCCAAUGGUGUGAACAUCUACAGCUUCCCAACUGAUGACCAGACAGUUGCUGACACCAACAACGCCAUGAAUGGUCACCUGCCAUUUGCAUGUGUGGGUUCGAGUGACGAGGUGAAGAUAGGGAAUAAGAUGGUCAAGGCACGGCAGUAUCCCUGGGGAACUGUUCAAGUUGAGAAUGAGAACCACUGUGACUUUGUGAAGCUCCGUGAGAUGUUGAUUCGUACAAACAUGGAGGAUCUAAGGGAGACAACUCACAGCCAGCACUACGAGCUCUACCGACGCCACAAGCUCGAGAAUAUGGGCUUCUCUGACAACGAGUCCAAGAGUCUGUCUGAGACAUAUGAGCAGAAGCGUCAGGAGCACAUCACUGAGCUACAGAAGAAGGAGGAGGAGAUGAGACAAACAUUUGUGAUCAAGGUGAAGGAGAAGGAGGCCGAGCUGAAGGAGGCAGAGAAAGAGUUACACUCCAGUUUUGAUAGCCUGAAGCGUCAGCAUGGGGACCAAAAGAAGAAGAUCGAGGACAGCCGUAAACGCCUUGAGGAUGAGAUGAAUCUCUUUAACCAGCGCAAAGCCCAGUACCAAGCACAGCAGUCCACUCUCGGCAAGAAGAAAAAAUAAAAACUUGGGAUAACAGGGAUUUAAAGGGGGUGGGGUUCUUAAAAGGAUGGGGAUUUUAAUGGGUUAAAGAAGUUUUUUUAGAAGAAAUGUUUAUGAGGUAUAGGCAGUGAAAUGACUGGCUGAUUAUUUCAUUAAUGGCAAACCCAUUGUCCAAAAUUCAGGUGUCAUUCAUCAACUAGUCAAUUUGGACCAAUUGGAAAGAAAUAGUGUGAUUGUGUUGAUAAAAUCUGGCAAAGUAACGAUACAGAAAGUGUACAUGAUGACCAAAUUGUAGAAUUAAUAUAGGCUUAUAUUUAUUAUAUAAUAAUUGAUUUAAUGAAAGAUUAAAUGGGACUCACUCACAUAUGUUGGCAAAAAUUUGUUGAAAUUGAGAUAGUUUACUUACUUAAUGAACAAAAACAGAUAAGCCACUAGCAGAGAAUCAUUUUAUAAGAUUUUUGUAAAUCCAACCUUAAAAUGACUCAAUUUAAAACUAUUUUCAGCAAAAUAGAGCAUUUUUUGUCUCAAUUUUUAAUAAUUAUUAAUAAAGUUAUAAAUUGAAUUUUUGAUGAUGUCUUAAGCAUUUUGUUAAAAGCAUUUCAUUAACAUUUCAAACGAAAUAAAUGUCUGCUAUUAUAAAACGAGAAUGAGUCUCUUUAAAGUGUUGUUUUAAAGUGCCUAAAAUAACAGUGUUGUGUUGAAAAUGAAGAAUAUAGAAACUGGAAAUAAAAAUAAAAUUCAUAAGUGCUUUUUAAAAUAUUCAAAAGUACUAGAUAUUGAUAAGUGCAAUACUUCAAGCUGGGAAUGGCAUGCAAUGUUGUACAAAACCUUCAAUAUUUUAUAACAAAUGUAUUCAGUAAUUUAGUAAUAUGUCAUGCACAUUCUUAUUUUUCUAUUCUUCCUGUUCUUCUGAAAUGUGGCAAGCUUUUUUCUAUUGAAAACCAAGAUUUUACAGACAAUCUAUACUACUAUGUGUUCAUUCUAUAAGUUGCUGAUAUUAUUUAGUUUUUAGAGGAAGAACUGUGUUCUAUCAACUUCUAUGUCACUUAGUGACUUGUUUCAAUGUAUUUUUUUGCUGAGUUACUUACUUCUGGCAAUUGACAAUGUCAAAAUAUUAAACAGAAAAAUAUAAAACUUGAAUGGAGCUAAUAUGAAUUGGCAUUUUGCUGAAAUGAAUUCAAUCCAUUUAUUUAUUUUACCUAGUAUAAUAUUAGUCAAUGUAUAAUAGUAGCUGUCUGUUGUUAAGUGUUUUUGUAUUAUCGUUGUGUUGUUUUUGUAUGUCUGUAUUUUUAACUGAUGUCUGUGUGUCAAUUGUAUUUCUACUUAUGCCAUAAACUUGAACCAAUCAUCAGAUUCCCACCAUUGUUUUUUUAGCACUUAAUGCUAGUAUGCUUGUAUGCUAGUUAAAUGAUGACACAGAGUUGUUAUGUGUUUUGUUUGCAAAGAAAAAUAUCAUCAAUAGACUUGGAGUAUAAGCAGUUGUUUAAUUGAGUUCAUUUUUUAUAUCUUUUCUAGAAUAAAGAAUUACACCGAUUUAUUACUCUUAUUUUCUGAUUUGUUGAAUAAAUGUUCGCUCCGGCAUAGAUGCAUCUAAAGCAGUGCUGUUGAUCGCAUUUACAUAUUUAUUGUGAGCUUUGCCUUUUGAAAUCUUUGAAUCUCCACAUGUGUAUUUGAAACUUGCCAACUUUAGCUGCAGUAUUAGCCAUGUUUUAUGUUGUGUUGACUGUACCAUGCUUCUUAUAACUAACAAACAUUCAGGAUAUUACCAUGAAACCUGGUACACAUGUAACUAGUGACAAUAUGUAAAUGUGUAGCAAGGCAGAUAACUCUUGCCAAAAUAGUUAUCAAGUUAUGCCCCUUGAUAGUUUGAAAGAGAAAUGCAAAAUCUUAAACUUGGUCAUAACUUAAUGUUUUGUUCAAGAUGAUCACGAAACUUUGUUCACAUAUAACCAGUCACAAUAUGCACAUAUGUGGCAAGGCCCAUAACUCUGUUUAAAAUUAGUUAAGUUAUGCCCUUUGUUUGAUUGACAACAGAUAAGAGUUGGCAUUUUCUCCCCAGUGCUUCUGUUAGUUAAAGGGAUAAUGGUACAGCCAUUGUAAAUAGAAGUAGAGAUAUUUUGUACUAUGCUUUUCAUAUGUUUUUAAUCACGUAUCUUUUGUAUUAAUCAUUUAUUUCAUAACCUCUGACUAACAGCAUAAUAUGUACUUCAUGUCUUCCAUGAUUUUCAAUCACAUUAUCAGAAACUUUGAAAUGAAUUUCCUAUACAAGCUGGGAGUACGGUUAAACUGGGAGUUGGAUUAAAAUUGAAAUUGGUCCCAGAUACAAGCGAACAAAAUGUACAUGAUAAUUAUCACCUAUUUAGGAUGAUCUUUUAGGUUGUUGUUAUCAUUCUUUUCUCAUUAUCAAUUGUGUGUGAGAAACAAAAACAGUAUCAAUUCUCUGUGUGUUUAACAAAACAGUGUCAAAAUGUUAUGGACUUUUAUUCUUUAUGGAAUGUAAAAUGUACAUAAGAAAUAUGCAAUAAAUAUACUUAAACUUA